AUGCGCCUUUUGCAAUGCAGCCUCACCGGCGAAUUCAGCUUCAAAACCUUCGGUGACGACGAUGAGAUCCCCGCCUAUGCCAUUCUUUCGCACACCUGGGGAUUGGACACCGACGAAGUUACCUUUGAAGAGAUGGAAAGUGGCACUGGGAAGGAUAAGCUCGGCUAUGAGAAGAUCAGAUUCUGUGGAGAACAGGCUAGACAAGAUGACUUGCAGUACUUCUGGAUUGACACCUGUUGCAUCGACAAGAAGAACACAGCUGAGCUCCAGCAAGCCAUCAACUCGAUGUUUCGCUGGUACCGUGAUGCUGAGCACUGCUACGUUUAUCUAGCAGAUGUGUCUAUCCCCUUGCCUAGCAGCAACGAUGAGUACCCGUACACAACAUGGGCAUGGAAAUGGACCUCCGGGAUGCUCAUAGUAUGGGUCUUUUGGGGCUGGAUACUAGGGCUCCUUGGCCGGGGAUAA